AUGGCGGCAGAAGGGGUUGUUACGACUGCUGCUGCCGCAGUAGCGUCGCAUCAUAGCUGGAGGGACUCCUACAAGGGCAUGUCCUCGGAUAAUAUUAAGGGAUUGGUUCUUGCAUUGUCUUCCAGUUUCUUUAUUGGAGCUAGCUUCAUUGUUAAGAAAAAGGGUUUAAAGAAAGCCGGUGCUUCCGGAGUCAGAGCUGGAGUUGGAGGAUAUUCAUACCUAUAUGAGCCACUUUGGUGGGUGGGCAUGAUUACAAUGAUUGUUGGAGAGGUUGCCAAUUUUGCUGCCUAUGCAUUUGCCCCAGCUAUCUUAGUCACUCCCCUUGGGGCACUGAGCAUCAUUAUCAGUGCUGUGCUGGCCCACAUAAUUUUACGAGAAAAACUACAUAUUUUUGGAAUUCUUGGUUGUGCAUUAUGUGUUGUUGGUUCUACAACAAUCGUUCUGCAUGCUCCUCAAGAACGUGAAAUUGAAUCGGUUAUAGAAGUAUGGAAUCUUGCCUCUGAACCAGCAUUUGUCUUCUAUGCAGCCGUUGUAAUAAUCACUGUAUUGAUCCUUAUAUUCCAUUAUAUCCCACAAUAUGGGCAAACUCAUAUUCUCUUCUACAUUGGAGUUUGCUCACUUGUGGGAUCUUUAUCCGUCAUGAGUGUUAAAGCACUUGGGAUUGCUUUGAAGCUCACACUAUCAGGAAUGAAUCAACUUGUAUAUCCGCAGACCUGGUUCUUUACUUUGGUGGUGCUUGUUUGUGUGAUUACGCAAAUGAACUAUUUAAACAAGGCCCUUGACACGUUUAAUACAGCUGUUGUUUCACCAAUCUAUUACGUUAUGUUUACAUCUUUUACGAUAGUGGCUAGUGUGAUUAUGUUCAAGGAUUGGGAUAGACAGAAUCCAACCCAAAUAGUGACAGAAAUGUGUGGAUUCGUUACAAUUCUUUCUGGAACCUUUCUCCUUCACAGAACAAAAGACAUGGCAGCAGACGGAUCAACACCUGCAUCCGUGCGACUCUCUAAGCACGCUGACGAGGAGGAUGGUUUUGGUGAAGGCAUUCCUCUUAGGCGGCAGGAGUCGAUGAGAACAUAG